GGGGAAGGCUUCGAGACGCGCGGUCAGCUGGACGUGGUGGUGUUGAGGCGUGCCGAGUGGACUACAUAUUUCACGUGGAUAGAUACCUUCCCUUUGCCUUAUAUCGGUGCUGACACCACUCAUGACUUGUGUGUUGACACCCUUACACUGGUCCCCAUCAUAUAUUGUACAACAGACUGCUCACUAGACAUAUCACUUGUGAAAACAACUCAGGUACGUGAUGUCAACACGAGCAUUAAGGAAACUGCAGGGGAGGCGCCAAGACCUAGACCUUCCAAACAGCUGUCUUGGUGAUGAUGAGGAAGAACAGGAUGAGGAGGAGGAAGACCAAGAUGGGCAGCUUGCCAAAGAAACACUCUUACUUCCCUCAAAGGGCCCCAACAGGUUUGAUUUGUUAGUACAAGGGUCCCCAUCUGAGUCUGAGGUAAAAGAGGAUGAUGACAUCAGUGACAACAGUGAUUUCCGAGAGGAUGGCCAUCGGGAUGGAGCUUCACCCCAGCCACCUGUUGGUUCUGGAGCCAAACGGAAACGUAAGAAAAAGAAGAAGCGGGGAAGAGUGAGAAUUCCAGCAAGUAGUGAAGAUCCAACUGAUAAUGACAAAGAUGACAUAGACAACAUUAUAGAAGAAGUAAAUGCCAUCACCAGUGGAGCUCCCCAACAAGCCACCGUUGAGAAGACACCAAAUGAUAAAGUAAAGAAAAAUCUUCUCAUCGUAGAACACAAGCACCUCAAUCCACAGAAUGAAAUGAAGAGAAUAUUUGGGUCAAGGGUUGUGCAAGCAAAUGAAAACAAUCGACGGAGGGGCAGGACUGGCAAGUCAGGUCGGUCUACCUGGAUUGUUCCAGAAUUGAUAAGCUGGACCCGUCACCCCCGGCCCGGCAUCUCCAUGGUGGUGGUGGAGACAACACCAGGGUAUCAAGUGUUUAAGUAUGUGCACAGCCAGACAUACCAGCAGUGCCAGUUCAGAUUUCUAGAUGCAGUCGAGUCCCUUAACCCUGAGAACAUCAUGAUGCUGCUAAACCAAGAACCUUUCCAUGUGGACACGCUUCUUCAAGUAUCAGAAAUCUUCCGUCUUGGAGAUGACUCUGCCAUGGCAGCACAGUUGAUAGAACGAGCUUUAUUCAUCCUUGAAUCUGCCAGUCACCCUCUCUUUAACAUUACCACAGGCAGCUGCAGAUUACUGUAUCAACAACAGGAGAACCGAAGCCUAUUUAUUGCCCUCUUCCGGCACAUCCUUAACGUGGGGCAGAAAGGUUGCUACCGCACAGCACUGGAGCUCUGCAAGCUAUUACUCAACCUCUCACCAGAUGAUGAUCCCUUGGCUGUGUCUCUCAUGAUGGACUUCUAUGCUCUGCGGGCCCAAGAGUACAGUUGGCUGGUGAUGCUGUAUGACACCUACGAACCCACCAAGAACCUUUCCAUGCUUCCCAACUUCAGCUUCUCUGUCCCACUUGCACUGUACCACCUGAGCAAUGGCAGUGGCCAGUCCAAUAGCCGAGACAAGAGGGAGUCCAGCAGGGCAGCAGCUCUGGCAGAAGAGCUGGGUAGCACUGAGGCAAUGAGAGAGCGGGCAGAUGCCAUGCUGCAGCGAGCUCUCAUCACAUUUCCAGGUUUACUUAUGCCUCUUCUGGAUAAGUGCAGCAUUCAACCUGAUCCAGUUGUUGCUAGCCAUGCUUUCUUUGGCCCCAAAGCACAAACAAACCAAAGCAAAGGUCUAAGCCAGUUAGUCAACCUAUAUGUGGGUCGCUGUUUUCACGUUUGGAAGGAAGCUGGUGUAAUGCAUUGGCUAGAAGACAUCGUCAAGAAGACUCUUUCUGAGGUUGACAAGAACAAUCCCUUGGUGAAGGAAGGGGAGGAGAUGAGGAAAGUCCGCUAUCAAGGAACCCCCAUGGCUAUCUACCGACAUAUUCUUAUGUCUGAAAUACGAACAGCAACAGCAGCCUUACCACCGGCCUUGGCUAACACUCCAGUGAUGAGUUAUGAUCCAUUGCCGCCACCUGAUACCACCUGCGGAUACACUCGUCCCAAGUCUACCACCCAGCAGCCCACCGACUCAUCCAACAUCCUGACCACCUUCUUCCGUUCACUUCUCCCUAACUAUAAUCCUGAUGACGAUGCCAACCAUGCAAGGGAGCAGCAGGAAGGGGCUGAGGGUGGUGGAGAUGGGGAGGGCCAUGGAGUGGGAGACUUACGAGCUUCAGUCAACUCCCUCUUGGAUGCCAUGAGGGAUCUGUUAUCCAACCUUCACCUCCCUGAGCCACCAGGCAAUGAGGCCGACAUGUCUGGAGAUGACGAGGAACACGAGUGGGACUGAUGGAUUUCAGUUGCAUAAAAAUUACUUAAAACAUUUAGUAUGGAUUAUUUUCAUAAUUGUUUUAAUGUUAUUUAUCUGACAUUACUCGUAAUUUUGUGCCCAUUUUUAUGUUUCUAUUAGUUUUAAUCAAUGCUCCAGGGUGCAAUAAUGAUGAUAAUGAAUUAUUUAUGGACAUUUAGAAGUAUUAUUAAAGUAGAUUUAGAGGCUUCAUUUCACAUUAAAAUUUUCAUCACAAAAGUCUCUCGCUUCAUGAACUUUUCUGUUCUGAUAGACAGUUAUUGUUAUUAAGAUGUCUGCUUCCAGCAUUCACUUGGACAUCAUUGCUGCAGCACACCAUAUCUGCACAUUUCAUCACAAAUAUGCACACACACACAGUGAAGUGAAUUAAGUACUGUGAGUGUAUGCAGAGAAACACUUAUUUCUAGAUUUCCUUAAGCUACCUAACCUGUAUGCUCAAAUUUGUGCUGCAGAUCAAGAAGUUUCUGAUAAAGUCAAAGCACUAGAUAAUUGAUUAUCUAACUUCAUUUUUUAUACUAAAGUGUGGACUGUAGCUAGAAAUAAAUGGCUGAAUAGAUAGGUAAAUCACUCACUAUUUGAUAAUAUGCAGAAAUUGAUCUUUCCUGGGAUAUUUUAAAGCUUUCAUUUUAUGAAGGAAUGCAUUUUCACUAAGCACAUGUACAGGUUUCAAAUAUACAAGUAUGUGUAA